AUGGCAGAUAGCAAGACCCCAGUAUCUCCAGUCAAGGAGUCAGUCACGACGCGCGAGGAGAUGGACUUCGACAACGACAACGAAGCCGAGCAGGAGACUGGCAGGGAAGGCCACGAGGAGAUCCCACCGCAGAAGCCGCCACGUCCCAUCAACCCGCAGGAGCAGAACGAGCACACCCUCAUCGAAGCCUUCCCAUCCAUCGAUGCCAAAGUGGUCAAGGCCGUGCUGCAGGCGAGUGCAGGACAAGUGGAGCCUGCCUUCAACGCCCUACUUGGCAUGAGCGACCCGGACUUCAAGCCAGAAGCAGCGCCGCCUCCGCCACCGAAGCCAGCAAUGCGACAACCACAAACGCAAUUGGAAGCCGACGAGAUGUAUGCGCGUCAGCUUGCCGAGCAGUAUAGCGGCUCUGCACCUCGUGGACAGUCGAACUACAACCAGCGACAAUGGAGUGGUGGGCGUGGUCCGAACCAGCAGCGCCAGCAGCAUAUGGACGAUGAUGAAGACCGAGAGCGCAACUUCUUUGACGAUGACUUACCUGAGAUAGGGAAGAACAUCCAGCAGGGUUUCAUGGAGACGCAGAAGAAAGUGAAUGGCUGGAUUAACACCUUCCGCAAGCGUCUAGACGGCGAGGAUGAGGAAGAAGACCUAUACUCAGGCGGCUCCUCGCAACAGUCAAGGCCUCCACCAGGCCAAGACAGAUUUGGUAGCGGACGACAGAACUUCGGGCCUAGCCAAAGCGAGCAGCUACACGGCAUUAGGAAGAGCUCCGAGGCGCAGGCAAGACGAAGCACAGAAGCCGGUAGAUACGACGCAGACCCACACCAAAUCGGCGACGACGAAUUCGAGCGUCUCGAACUACGUGACGAGGAGGCGCCGCCACCGCAACCACCACGGACCAGCAGCCGGAAGAGCGCGAACCCAGACCUCUUCAAGACGCAGCCGAAGCCGCCGCAAUCUGGUCCCGUGGACGAGGUCGAUGCCGCAGAUCGCAAGAGUGGUGAUACGGGCAAGGCACGGAAAUGGCAGCCCUUGACUUCUGUGGCACCGGCUCCGGAAGAGGAUAAUGACCCUUUCAGUCUCGGCGACGAUGAGGACGAUGUGAGAGAGAAGACUGAGGAUGUGCGGAAGGAGGAUACAGAGAGAUUGAAGAAGGUUGCUAGUGAAAGUACGAGUGCUGAUAACGCUAGCAAGAACCCGCUUGAGGAGAGUGAAAGGAGUGGGAGUAUUAAUGCGGAGGCUGCGGAGCUGUUGAGUGGGAAGAAGGACUAG